UCCUCUGGCUUCUAAGGGAAAAGGUGAACGGAAAAGUGAGAAGUAUAGUAAUCGAAUGAAUGUGGUAAAUAUUGGUGUACACGUCGUCCUCGAUUCGAGACGCCGCUUCGUUCUGACGACGCACCCGUGUGUCGAAUUGCUGCAGGUGGGAAAUCCCCCGAUACUGUGGUACAAGAAGCGCAAGGAUUUAGAAACAUUUACCAAUUGGUUUCAUGUAAUGGCCUUGGCUGUAUUUAGUUGAGAAUUUCACAUGCUAUUCAUGUGAAAAUAAUAAUGAUAUGGAGUACAGUAGUAGUGUAAAUACUUUGUCAUAUUUUCAUGCUGCACCAUGAAUUCCACUUAAAUCUACAUCUGAGCAGCUGCACACCUACACUUUGAUCUUAGUCAAAAGGCCGAGAAGCAGCAGCACAACACUCACCAUUUUACUCGCUCUCCUUUCUAAACGAACGGUAAGUGGAAGGGGGUUGCAGAUAAAAAAGCAAACGCUGUGCUACUAGGCACCCAGACGGUGAGCGUGAUGUGAGUGGUGAGACGCUGUGCAUUGUGGGAGUGCUGAGAGAGCGCGUCACCAGCAGGACUCAGAAGUAACGUGGUAAGGUUAGCAGUCCAUCAUCCUGCCUGUGUACAACGCCUCCCACUGGCUGGAUGAGUGUCUGCAGGCCGUGCUGCAUCAGGACUUCCAGGGUACAAUGGAGCUCUCCGUGUUCGACGACGCCAGCAAGGAUGACUCGCGGGCGGUCAUCUCCCGGUGGUCCACGCAGCUGGAGAGACGAGGCAUCUCCACAGUGAUCUCGGGUCACGACUCCGCCCAGCCCGGAGGAGUGGGCUACUCCAAGAACCGGGCCGUGGCUCAGAGCAGUGGACGGUACCUGUGCUUCCAGGACGCGGAUGAUGUCAUGAUGCCUCAGAGAGUACGUCUGCAGUACGAGGCAGCUGUGCGAAAUCCCACAAGUAUCAUCGGGUGCCGGGUUCGUCGAGAGCCGGAGGGGUCCACCGAGCGCUAUACCCGCUGGAUCAACUCCCUGAGUCCAGAGCAGCUCCUCACGCAGGUGUACACAUCCCAUGGACCCACGGUCAUCAUGCCCACCUGGCUGUGCUCCCGCGACUGGUUCCAGCGGGUGGGCCGCUUUGACGAGGGAGGCUUGGGUGUCCCGGAGGACCUGCUCUUCUUCUACGAGAGCCUUCGCAGAGGUGGCGGCGUUCACCGUGUUGACGAUUGUCUUCUGGUGUACCGCUACCACGACCAGGCCGCCACACAGUCUGUCCUGGAGGAGACCAUCUGGAUGCUCCGUGUGGCGUUCCUGCAGGAGAGAGUCCUCAGCCAAUGGGAGGCCUUCACCAUCUGGAAUGCUGGGAAACAGGGCCGCAGGCUGUACCGCAGCCUGAGCGUGGCCAACCGGAGGAAGGUUCGAGCAUUCUGCGACGUGGAUGAGAACAAGAUCCGGAAAGGCUUUUACACAUAUGAGGAAUCCAAGGUCUGUCCAUCUUCGCUGUGGGCCAGUUCCGUCAGAGAAGCCAAAGCCCCGAGUUCCCAUAGUGCACUUCAGAGAAGCGUUGCCGCCAUACGUUGUGUGUGUGAAACUGGACUUGACGGGAGGGGGUCUCGAAGGGAACCUGCUCUCCCUCAAUCUAAAGGAAGGUCUUCACUACCACCAUUUCAGCUGAGACGGAACCUGUGGGGAGAGGGGGCGUGGCCUGAAGACCUGUUCCUUGGACGGUAACCACAGGGUACGACGCAUCCCUUUGCUUUGGACCGCUUGGGAAGGACCGCUGCUUGGGGGCCCGUGUGGGGAUCUGACUGAGUUAGCAUGAACCCCGAGAAGGUCCCGCCUUCUUUGGACCCCAGCAGACAGUUGCGGCAGCAAAUCACAGCCAGGCUGGCAGCCAGUCCAAAGUGAGCGGGCGGAGCUUCUGUUUGUUGUUUUGAAUGAAAUGUAAAUUAGACAAAUUAAAACUCAAAAGUUAACAAAGGAGGACUGUGAAUUUUCCACGCAAGGGCUAUGGACUGAACUGACCACUCCUCAGAGACGGGAUAGUCUGAGCCCCAUCUUGGACCGUUGUCCAUCCUCAACACCGUGCAAAUGGGACCCCCAGCUUUGGCUCCGCCCCUUUCACUCUCCCUGGCCCCUGUACACUCCGAUGGUUCCUCCCACACAGUGUUUAAUACACAGCUGAACCGUUAAUCCAUUUACUACAGUUUAGGGCUUUGCCCCUGUGUGUGUGUGGCAGCUGGAAGUUUCUCCCUCCAAGGUCCAGCAGCAGCUCCCUUCUCCACAGUGGAAGUGUUUGGCUCACAGGUGCAGGUCUUUAACCAGCAAACAUGUCAUUUUUUUUUUUUU